GUGUGGUCGGCGGAACAAUUAAUCAACUCCUCCAAGAUGGAUAUCCAUGAAGAGUAGUGGAAAGGUUUCUGUGAGACUACUGGAAUAUUUAUUUAAUGAUAAGAAAGAGGUGACGCUUGUACUUUCUCCCGACCUGUUUCUCCUUUCGACUCGCACGCAUCGCGGAAACCAAGUGACCCGGCAUAUAAGAAUAAGAAGAAAAGGACGACACUUUGAUUUUCCUUCUCCGCUGCGUGUUCUUUCUCGACUCGCUCGUCCAAAUCUUUGGAGGGGAAAAAAACCACAAUGUCACCUUCCAAAGACUCAUCGAUCCUGAUCGUGGGAGCCGGCACGUGGGGUUGCAGCACGGCCUUGCACCUCUUGCGGCGCGGCUACACGGACGUCACCGUCGUCGACGCCUACGCCGUACCUUCUCCCAUCUCGGCCGGCAACGACGUCAACAAGAUCGUCGAACAGGGACAAUUCUCCGAGGGGGACGAGGAGGCUUGGGUGGCCAAGAAACUCCUGUCCACCGCGACCCAGGGUUGGACUUCGGAUCCGGUCUUUUCUCCAUACUACCACGACACCGGUUACAUUGUGGCGGCGAGCAGCAAAGAGGGUCUCAAACAGCUGUUUGACCGUGAACGACCGGACUUGAACAAAGACUUCACGAGGCUGGAAGACGCCGAGUCUUUUCGAAAGACCAUGCCCGAGGGCGUAUUGACCGGUGACUUCCCAGAGUGGAAGGGUCUGUACAAGUCCACGGGAGCCGGGUGGGUCCACGCCCGCAAGGCCCUGGUGAGCUGUGCCAAAGAGGCCGAGAGGUUGGGUGCCGAGUUCGUCGUUGCCAAAGUGACGGAAUUGCUGAUCCAAACCGGCGACGUCAAGGGAGUCAAGACACAAGAAGGAAAAACCUUGACCGCCGACACGACCAUUCUAUGUGCCGGUGCGAACUGCGAUCAACUUUUGGAUUUCAAGGGGCAAUUGAGACCCACGGCUUGGACCCUGGCUCACAUUCAGAUGACCCCGGAGGAGGCGCGGCUGUUCAAAAAUCUCCCCGUGCUCUUCCACAUCGAAAAGGGCUUCUUCAUGGAACCGGACGAGGACAGGCAUCAACUCAAAAUGUGCGACGAACACCCCGGCUAUUGCAACUGGUCGUCGCCCACCAAGGCCGACGGGAGUCGCGCGAGUGCACCGUUGGCGAUCGACCAAAUUCCGGUCGACGCGGAACGCAGGUGCCGUGGGUUUCUGAGGGAGACGAUGCCUCAACUCGCGGACCGUCCGUUUUGUUUCGCGCGCCUGUGCUGGUGCGCCGACACGCCCAACCGGUCCUUCCUGAUCGAUCGACACCCGACCUACAAAAGUCUCGUGGUGGGUUGCGGUGGCUCCGGACACGGAUUCAUGCACAUCCCGACCAUCGGGGGCUUCAUCGCCGACGUCAUGGAGGGAAACCUGGACGGCCGUCUACGAAAGAGCUUCAGGUGGCGGCCAGAGACGGCGGUGAAUCGAAACUGGGAAGACACCCAGUCUCGAUUCGGUGGGCCAAACACGAUCAUGGACUUGGCCACCGUGACCGAGUGGACCGACAUACCUGUCACGACGGAACAGACCAUGGCGAAGUUGUAGUCGAACAGUCACGGGAGAGGAGAGGGAAAAUCUCCAUGGGCGUAUCAACGAAAACAGGUUCAUGGUCAUGUCCGUUUUGUAUAGCAUGUCAAAAGCAGGGUGUCUUGGUGAGUUAUCAAGGGGGGGCGAUUUAACAAAAUCAAAGACACCGAACAUUGAAUUAUCGAGGAUUGCAUCAACUUCUCUCUUGAUUAUACACUGCCCUUUGGCUGAACGAUUACUUUUUGUAUUUCCUCGGCUUGUCGCGAAUCUGUUGUCAAGGGUGUGAUUAUAU